AUGUCAGGCUACUUGGGCCGCCUCAGUCGUGUCACGUGUGCUUGCUUGGGUGGCAUUGUGAUCUACGAUGCUAGCAAUAGAGAUUGGUCACUGCGACACACAUGGUCUAUGGCCAUGAAGCAGUACGCACUCUUUGCUUUGCUGAAAAUACUUGGGCGAUAUCAGCUGCAACGAGUUUGCUUGGAUGCACAGCAGGGUGACGAGGUGCAAAGGCAGCUCUUGGCCGAUAUUUUGCAAAGGCAUCAAGAUAGUCCGUAUGCCUUGCAGCACGGCUUGCAAGGAGUUGCAACCUACCACAUGUUUCGAGAGAGCCAUCCGUUGUCCUCUCCAGAGAACGCCGAGAGGCUCUUUGCCAGCUUUGGUAAGAAUAUUGGAAUGAAGGAGGUCUCAAACAUUUUUAUUCAACGAGGUUUCUUGCCAGCUUUUGCUUCUCUCAGCUACUUCUUCCCCAGUGUUGUGGAGGAACUUCAGAGGAUGACUGCACUGACUCCGGAUUUACAUUCCAACCUUCCACCCUUAGAAGGGAUGGCUCAUGGUUUAUUCAACUGGCCAUUUUCCUUUUCAUUCCUGUGCACAAGUCCGAUGGCUGCUUAUGGCCUGUCCGAAGUGGACAGAUCCUACGUGCACACGCUCUUUGCACUGAAAGAGCGCAACCUUAACAUGAUUCAGGCCAGCUCGGCCGGUGUGGCUUCCAUGCUGAUGACCACUGCACAUCGUCAUCGGCGACACUUGGUCCAAGACCUUCGCAACGGCCAUCUUUGGGACCGGCGCUUGCCCGAACAUGUGCCCCAACCUGAGCUGCGGAAGGAGCUGGAUGCUGCAUUAAAAGGCCCAGAUGGGCGCAGGUCUCUGGAAGUUGACAAAUUGCUGAAGCGGGGUGCAGGCGCAAGAGAGCUUUGGCCUCACUUGCAGGCUGUGCUAGUGACAAGCACCAGUACGGAAGGCAAGGAGGCUUUUGCCGAGUUGCCAGUCUAUUCACCGCUGUACUCAAGUGCCCAUGGCCACAUUGGAGUGAACAUUUUCCCUGAGGAGCCCUUCGGGGAAUGGACCUACCUCUUAGAUCCUGGGAGCAUGUUUUUUGAGCUGCUCGCGGUUGAAGAUCCGUCCAAGCCUGCCAUCCCUGCUUGGGAAGCUGAAGUCGGCUCUCGUUAUGCGCUAGUUGUGACGACCUACGGAGGCUUGUGUCGCUGUCAACUUGGAGAUAUCGUGCGGGUGCAUGCGAUGUACGGCAAAAUGCCGAUUGUUUCGGUGGAGCUCCGCGCGAAUUGA